UUCGAACCGUACGAGUUACAGAGAGAAUACAUGGACAAGGUGAUUGAAUGCCUGCAAAACGAAACAAAUGGCGUUCUGGAGUCGCCCACUGGGACCGGCAAGACCCUGUCGUUGCUGUGCUCGACUUUGGGCUGGUUGCAGCUAAAGAAAGCGCAAAUUCAGGCGCAGAGAAUGAAAAGCAUUGUGAGGAGAAGCAGGCUUUCAUGGGGAAUCUGCUGAGAGAAUUGACUGGAAAAAUGGAUAAAGGGACGGUAAAUAACUCAGGCAACAGCGGACGGGCCUUCAUGGAUUGACCAUCAUACAAUCAUAUACGCUUCGAGAAUGCAUACUCAGUUAUUGCAGGCACAUGAAGGCUUGCAUUAUAGGAUCAAGGGAGUAAAUGUGUAUACAUCUAGAAGUGAUGAAGGAACAAAGCAAUUUUGCCAGGACCCAGAUGUGCCGUUUAAAAGUGAAAACAAGCAGUUACCAUUUUUACAACCGCGUGGAAUGUAAGAAAGAAGUCCCUGCUGUCUCAGAGAUUCCGGUGAUGGACUGUCCGUAUUACAUGGCUUGGGAAAUCCAAAAGGAGGCAGAUAUCUUCAUGCCUGUCAGAAAAAGUCUCGGCAUUGUUUUGAGCAAGAACUUUGUCAUACUGGAUGAAGCACACAUCAUUGAAAGAGCAAUUCCAGAGGAUAGAUAGAAACAUUUUCCAAGAACCAAUCCACAUCCUCCAUGUCCAGACAGUUUGGCAAAUUCUGCCUGAAACACAGGGAGGAACUUCUGCAGCGCAGCAUCAUUCUUCGCCUUGAAGCACAAACAAACAACUUCACCGAGGACAAAAUCAACAGGCACUUGGAACCCGCCAGCGCGUUUUAACUGGAGUUGAGCCGCAUGAUGAACUAAAAAGUUAAUAAAGAUUAAAAAUUGUUUUCUGUUUGGUUAUAUAUUUUUGUCAUACUUAAUGUAGGUACCUACGUAGUAGACGUUUUCUUUAAUAACUUUAAAAAAAAGUUAAAUGAACUGGUGCACAUUUAAAAUUUUUUUUUAAACAUAACUUGGUAGCGUAGGACAUGUCGAAUUUUGUAUAAUGUGCUUUAAUCUUAUGUAUUGGUGUAUAAACAUAAAAGUUAUUUUUUGACGUUCUUUUCCAUUUUGUUAAAUAUCUAGUGAAGCAGAAUUAUUUUCAUGCGCCCAGAGGUAG